GCCUCUCCGGACCGUGGCUGGGCGGGGCGGCUGUGGAGGGACAGCUGGCAGACCGAGUGGCCGCAUCAACUGGAUCUAUGUCGGUGAGGAGGAGGGAGGCAUCCGCAAAUCGCCAUGCAGACUGUGUCGCGAUAGGAGUCUAGCCUCGCCUGCUAUAACGGCUAGCCUUCGAAGAGAGAAGAUGGAGCAUCGGAAUCGGUGUGUGAGGUUGAAGUGAACAGAGUAUAAUCAGAACAUCCAAGCCAUGAUGACCAGGUCACGGCUCUUCUGUUUGUUGACGGCCCUGGGUUCUGCAUUUAUGAUACUUUUCAUCAUUGUCUAUUGGGACAAUGUUGGGACAGCAAACUUUAAUCUACACACUUCCUUCUCCAAGUCUCUUCCUCCGCAGUCGGUUGAAGGACGCCCAACGGUUGCCCCAACCGCGGAGAACAAUGUUGCCUCAGAUGUUGAUGAGUUCUUAGAUAGUUUUCUUAAUUUUGGAACUACAGUCGGUGAGCUCCAGGGCACGAAAACAGGGAAGCUGCCAAUACGGGGUUCAAGCAGCUUUGAAGAGAACGUUAGAGGCUAUGACUGGUCCACCAAAGGUAAACUGGAAGAGGCCAUCCUAGAGCAGGAAAUAAUACAACAGGAAAGAAAAUUAAAUUUGCGCAAGUUCUGCGAAAACUCUAGUUUUGUUUUUCCGACUAAGGAACGUUCUUUUGAUGACAUCCCCAAUCGUGAAUUGGAUCACCUCAUUGUGGAUGACAGACACGGGGUUAUUUACUGCUACGUUCCAAAAGUCGCCUGCACUAACUGGAAGCGGGUUAUGAUUGUGUUGAGCGAAAGCCUCCUAGAUAGAAAGGGGGUCCCGUACCAAGAUCCUCUACAGAUCCCCCGUGAAGAUGUUCACAACUCAAGUAGUCACUUGACCUUCAAUAAGUUUUGGCGCCGCUACGGAAAGUUUUCCAGGCACAUGAUGAAAAUCAAGUUGAAGAAGUACACCAAAUUCCUCUUUGUCCGCGACCCCUUCGUACGUCUUAUUUCGGCGUUCCGCAGCAAGUUUGAGUUGGAAAACGAGGACUUCUACCGGAGCUUCGCGGCGCCCAUAUUGAAACAAUAUUUCAACCAAACGAACGUACCCACUAACGUGGUGGACGCGUUCUCUUCUGGAACGAAGCUGUCGUUUUCUCAGUUCAUUCAAUACCUUUUGGAUGAGAAGACCGAAGAACAGAAGCCAUUCAACGAGCACUGGCGGCAGAUAUACCGUCUAUGUCACCCUUGCCAAAUCGACUAUGAUUUUGUAGGCAAAUUGGAAACUCUAGACGAAGACGCAGCUUUACUUUUAAGACAAUUAAACAUAGAUUCGCUCUUUCAGUUCCCUCCCAGCUACAAGAACAAGACUGCAAGUAGCUGGGAAGAGGAUUGGUUUUCCAAAAUCCCCCUAUCUUGGCGGCAGAAACUCUACAAGUUAUACGAGGCCGACUUUGUGCUCUUUGGCUACAAUAAACCCGACAACUUACUGUAAAAGCUUAAAAAAAAAAAAAGAAUUCCUUCCAGUACCAAAAAUUAACAACAUUCUGUUGCCUUUCAUCAAAAUUUCCUACGAUAAUACAAUUUUAUACGUGUUAAUUCUCUGAUUUGCAUUUUAUGUGAAAGCAGGGAUUAUAUGGGGAACAGAAAAAAAAAAUGAAUUAUUCCGAAAGCUGUAAUUACAAGAAUUUCAAACUCC